CGCCUCCCUCAUUCCUCUCUCUGGUUCGUUCAGCCCGUCUGAUAUCCCCGUUGGUAAGCUGACCCGCCUGUUUCCGAUAGACUUCACUGCCGCCACCAUGGCUUCGCGAGGAGACGACGUCAGCCUUGUCAAAGCCUAUGGGCUGAACUCGAACCUCACACACGCUCAGACCCGGCAGGCCCUCGAGCUCACAUGUUCCUUAUGGGAAUGCAACCGUCGAUGCUCGGGACCGCCCUACAAGCCAUUGGUCUACGUCAUGCCAGACUUCGAGAUAGCGGAACGCCUUGCAAGAGAAAUCAUGGCAGAAGACACCUUCGGCCACGUUGCCAGGGGAAAGCUGAAGUACUUUGUCCACGUCGAGCACGACGCAAGGGGAGAGAUACCAGACCACUUGCGCCCGCGACUCGAUGGCCUGUCAAUCGACGCCUGGCUGCAGCAGGCGGACAGGUCGAACCACAAGACUUGCGAGAUAGUCGUUGUCACGACGCGAGAAGCACUUCAGGAGAUACCCGAAUGGGCCGCUCGUUACGAAGCGCAGUGGGAGAACUUGGCUAAGGGAUGGGGCAAGCAGCGUAGCUGAAUGUGAGCCCAAGCCAGCAGCACCGUUACUGGCGGGUUAGUUGGCCAACUACCUGUUUACUUUUAGAGAGCACCCGACCCUAGCAGAACUCCAAAAGCUGAACCUUAACCUUGGUCAGAGCCAACAUUAAACACGAUGAAUAUUGUAGUCGGAUAGGGCCCUCGAUUCGUUCGUGGUGAAGCGUGAAACUGGCGUCUGCUCUCCUGCCAGUCG